AUGGAGCUCGAGCUGCGACUGCGGUCCAAGGCGCAGGAAGACCGCGUGAAUAUCCUCACGUACUCGUCGUGGGGCGCCCCGCACGUGACGUUCCCGCAGUACCUUGUCCGCGAAGCCCAUUUCCGGUCGACGCAGUUUGGCGCGUGGAUGGCCGACUACGUCUUUAUCCCUAAAAAUGACCCCGACACCCUCGACAUUCGAGGGUACCUCGAGAUUUUCCAGCGGCGCGCGGUCUUGCGGCCCCACGAUGGGUCGCCGGCCAUUACGUUUGACGCGUACAGUGUCGCCUCGGUCUUUACACCCGAAGGGUACCGGAAGCAAGGCCUUGGUUCGGCCAUGCUUGCUGCUUUUCUUGAGCGCAUGGCGGUCAUGACCGACAGCAGCUCGGGCAAGGCGUUGCCAUACCUCGUCUCGAACCUCUACUCGGACGUCGGAACGUCGUUUUAUGCUAAGUGCGGCUGGGACCUUGUCGCCUCGGACGAAAUCCUGCUGCCCGUCGCGACAACCUUGCCGGUAUACGACGCGUCGCUCGUUUUGAUCACGUCGCUUGCAGCGCUCGAGCCCAUUGCGACGCUGGACCGUGCGGCGAUGAUCGCGACUCUGCGCCCUGGCGAGGUUGGCUUUUUACUCACGACCGACUGCAUUGAGUUUUACCACGUCAAGCACCGCUACUGUGGCGUGCACCGUCACCAGAUGACGACGCUUCCAACCAACUACGGCGCCUACCUUCAAGAGAAGGGUACUAUCCGCGGCUACGUCAUUUGGACGUACAACUUUGAAGAAAGGACGCUCGAUGUGCUCAAGUUUCGGGCGCUCGACGACUCUGCAGACACUUUUGCAGCGUUUGAGCCGACGCUACAUGCCGAGGCCGCGGCCUGGGGCUUGGACCACAUAUGCCUUUGGCCAACGAAAGACAUGGCCUUGCCGGAAUCCAUACGAGCACUUGCGCGCCCCCGUGACGACUCGCUCUCGAUGUUGCUCGUGCAAGGCAAUCAUACAGGCCCGGAAGACGAUGAUACGAAUAGCGCCAAAACGUUUCAGUGGGUUGCGGACGAGCUCUACCUCUACGCGUAG